UGCUAGGAUUAUAAAAAUGCUACUGCAGAUUGCUGAUGAUUUUAUCGAGAGUGUGGUGACAGCAGCCUGCCAGCUUGCUCGGCAUCGCAAGUCCAGCACCUUGGAGGUAAAAGAUGUCCAGCUGCAUUUAGAGCGCCAGUGGAACAUGUGGAUCCCAGGAUUUGGCUCUGAAGAAAUCCGACCCUACAAAAGAGCUUGCACCACAGAAGCUCAUAAACAGAGAAUGGCAUUGAUCCGAAAAACAACGAAGAAAUAACACAUGGAAAGGUCAGGGAAUGGACAAAAAUGUAUUCGGAGAUACUUGAGCUGAGACCUCAGCCAUCUCAUCUUUGGAAUUUUUUUUUUAAUGCUUUACAGAGAAGCAUAUAUUUUUUAUUAACAGUGCAGCAAUAUCUAUAAUGACUGAGAGGAUCUGCCAAAAGAAUAAAGCCUCCUACCCCAACUUCCUGGCCUGUUUCCCUGCCGUCUCAAAGAGGAGCAGUGUAUCUUCCAGAGAAGAUUUUAUUUGUGGUUUAUUAUAUAAGUGAUUGAAUAUGGAACAAUGCAGUAUGAUCUUUUUGGCUGAGACAGUAUUAGCAAGAUUUAUAGAGGGUUUUAUUUCCUUCUCCCUUCCCCUGUUCCUUGUACUUUGUAAUGUCAGUGUUUAUAUGAAUAUGACUUUUCAUUUGCUUUUCCAGAAUAAAGAAGUUAUUAAUUGAAA